AUGUCAUUAUCCUCUUCGACCCUCUCUCUCAAAUUCAUGCAACGUGGUCUGGCCCGUUCCCAACCAUCCACGCCUACUUCAGCAUCUACGUCAAAUACGAAGACUAGUACCAGCGAUGCAGGACUGUCUACACCGUCCUCCCUCUCAAAGCCCGGUGAAGCAUACCUAUCAGCUAGCGCAUCAGCAGCAGCCAGAGGAGAGAAGAUGGUAAUUCAAAAUGAAGAAGAAUGGUUCAUCCCUUCUUCUUCCUCCAAACGUCGAGGUGAUCGACUGAUACACUCGAACAUUGGCGGUCCGGUGUUCGAAUCGAGCUAUGUACCGUUCCUCAUCGGUUCUACGUCUGAUGCUGGACCUUCGAAUGCUGAGACGACCAGUGCCGGACCGAGUGGAAGUGGAGGAGGAGGGAGGAUGGUCUUUGGUGGGUUCGGGAAGGAUAAGGAUAAAGCGAAGGUGGAGAAGGAGGACGAUAACGAAGAUGAGGAUGAGGAUAUGGAUGACGAUGAGGAGGAAGUGAAGCAGACGAAACAGGAGAGGAGGACCAAGAUGGUCAAGAAUGAACCUGAACAAUCUCAACGUUCUCGGACGUUCCUCAAACCAGCUAUAUCCCCUCCUCCACAAUCAUCGAGCCAUACCAAGACCAAAUCCAAGCCUCAGCAGAAUCUCAAACUACCGAGUGAAAGACCAAUGUCUGUGGCGGAGAAGAUGCGUCAAACGAUAUCAUCGUCCCGUAAUUCACCUUCAAUUUCCUCCACAUCAAAUUCAAAUACAGGCUCACCGAAUACAUAUACAAAUUCAAAUUCACCUGCACCCUCGUCAGAGUUAAGUAAGAAGACCAAAAAUAAGAACAAGAAUAAGAGACCAGCGAGUGAAAGAGAAUCGUCUGCGGGAACUUUGACCUCUCCUUUGGUCAGUAAGAAGAAGAUAAAGACGGAGCAGCAGUCGCAAUCGCAGUCGCCGGUACAGGGCCAGGCAAUGAGUUUGGACGAAAGGGAGAAAGCUAUAAGAGCUCAGAAGAAGAAGGAUAAGAAGAAAGCUAAGGUGCAAGUUCAGAAUUGA